AUGAUAUCUUCACCCACGCCUGUCACGUCUGGUGUCACAGCUGGUGCGGAUUUGACCAGAACCACAUCGAGGCGUCGUGGCUUGAGUUAUCUUCGUGCCCUGUCUCAUAGCCGUUCCUUCGGCGGCACCAGCCCGAACGAGCCUUCUCGGUCUCCUCGACAUUACUUUCAGCGAUCCAUCAGUUACAACGAUAACCGACCAGAAACACCAGUGACCGGGAGACGUAGAAGUGCGUCACGCCCGAACGAACCUACGAGCCCUCUAGCGAACGAUUCUCCUCAGAUUUCAUCCUCCUUAGGGAACAAUAGAUCUUCUUCUCCACCUGCCGGACAGGUUGCAACAGCCCAGACCACCACACUCCGCGCUUCAGGGGCAAAUACUGCGGAAGAGCAAGACACAAACAAAAUGGCCAGACACCGGAGCUCUACCUCGCGGAGGCAUACCAGUCAGCAACAUUCUGAUGCUACAAUGGGGGAAUCUAUAGAUUCAGCCUUGAGACCGGCCAAUCCCAGAACUAUCUCCAGGUCAAAAGGAGAAGCACAGGAUGGAGAUAAACCGCAGUUACCAACAAUACGUUUCUUCCCUCACCAAGAACUACGCAACGGACGCCCAUCUCUGACCUUCUCGCCAAUCUCAAGAACACUUCCCACCGACCAUUCUAUCAUUCGUGUUGGUCGAUAUUCUGAGCGAGAAGGCGUACCUGCAACCAACCCUACAACUCCCUCCGACGCACCAGUCGGCUUCAAGUCAAAGGUGGUCAGCCGUAAACACUGUGAGUUUAGUUUCCUGGAUGGUCAGUGGCAGAUCAAGGAUGUGGCCAGUUCGUCGGGUACCUUCCUCAACCACAUCAGGCUCAGUCAGCCAAAUACCGAGUCUCGACUUUUUCCGAUCAAGGAUGGAGACAUUGUUCAGCUGGGCAUUGAUUUCCGUGGCGGCGAAGAGAUGAUAUUCCGUUGUGUUAAGAUCAGAAUUGAGUGCAACCGAGCCUGGCAGAAGAAGCCCAACAACUUCAACAAGAGCAGACAUCAGCAACUGCAAAGCCUCGCCAAGGAUCAGCCAACAGCCGAUUCAAACAGCGGUGAAUGUUCUAUAUGUCUAGGCUCUGUUCUGCCUUGUCAAGCAUUGUUCGUUGCGCCGUGUGCUCAUGUGUGGCAUUACAAGUGCAUUCGACCCUUGCUAGAAGGCAAAAACAGCACUUACCCGCAGUUUCAGUGCCCCAACUGUCGAGCUUACUCGGAUUUGACAGCAGAUGUCGAUAUCGCGCAAUCAGACAUCGACGAGUGGAUGGAUAACGCCGACGACAAUGACGGCCUGCCCACAAACGCUGGCGGGGAUGGUGGCAAUACCAACGACCAUACAACCGGACAAGCGACCGGCGAAGCAGAUACCACAGAUACAAGUGGUGCUCUGGACACCUCAGACGCUUCCGAUGGACCUCCGGAGAAUACCUCUGUGACCAUAUCCCAUCCCGUAGAUAUCCCCCGGACCGAUGGACCUUCCACUCCUCGCCGGAGCUCCGGCUUAUUGGCACGAAGACAAGCGACAAAUCCAUCACCUGAAGUAACUUCGAUGAACGGAAACAUUGACAUGCCAGACCAACCAGACGAAGAAGAGAUGAACGCUCAUCUCGACCAUCAACGCACAAGAACACAGACCCCAGACCCAGAGCAGAUUAUCGCCGGCGAAGGACCGCUCACACCUAGGAACAACGCAGGACCUUUCGUGUUUGAUGGGAGUGCGGGCAGAUCAGAUGCAAGGCCUUUGGUGGUACCUGGAAUUCCGGAGGUCGCUGAUGAAAGCGGUAUGGGCUCAUUAUGA